AUAUAUUUUAACUGUGCAUUAAACAUCUGUAAGAAUUCCUUUUGCUCACCAAGAUGCAUUUAUUUGAUUAAAAGUCUGGUUAAAAAAUAAUGUUUUCAAUAUUGUAUGGCUGCAUAUGGUAUGUAUUUGAUGAGUCUACGCUUCUGUCCUCACAUAAAUGUCAUUAUAAAUUGGCCAUAGCUCUUCCAGAAUACAAGGCCAGAUUUUUCCGUUUGUAUCAGUUGUUGCGUCCUUCACCACAAGAAGCUAAUGCUCAGUUACCCCCUCCACAUUACUCCUUAGAGUCUCCAUCUUUCAGAAAGAGUGGCCCUCUUUACAUAGACAGUCACCCAGGCAUUCAAGAGCAGGGAGAGUAGAGACACUUUUCAUCCCUGCUGCUCUCUCUCUCCUUCUCUUUCUGCCUUCUCUUGUUUUCCCACUCCACUGUGAGAGAUUGAUGAGACAGGUGUGGCCAAGAACAGACCGGCUGGCAAUAAAUCCAUGGUACAAUCAGCUAGAAGACAGAGAGAAAGAAAAUACAAAGAGAUGGGGAUUUUUGUCUGGAGUGUCUUGGUUAUUUAAUGGGACCAUACUGAAGUCUCAGCAUUAUUGAUUAAUUAUUUUAAUGAAAACGUAUUAAGAUCUCUGAAUCUGAUCUUCUUGUAUUCUCUGGUUUAGGACGUCAGGCGACCGUAAUUCUGACAACGUUCUCUGUGUUUGUGCUCCACAGGUAAAAGCAGGCGAUGCAGAUGGUGGGUCAUUUGGGGCCAUUACAUACUCUAUUGGAUCCGGGCCCACUAGUGCUCCACCCAGCCAGUUCACCAUCAAUAAGGAGACUGGACAGAUCUGCACCAGUGUGGCUCUGGAUCGAGAUGAAGGACCAGACAGUUUUGACUUCACUGUGACUGCAACGGAUGGGGGAGGCCUUACAUCCUCCGCCUCUGUGAAGGUAUCACUGGUGGACAUUAAUGACAACAGACCUACAUUCUACCCUGUGAACUACGCCGUCAGCUUGAGCACACAGAGCAUGCCCGGGACCUCUGUUGUCAGGGUAACGGCUCACGACCCAGAUGCUGGUGCAAAUGGUAAAGUGACAUAUCACACUGUCCCUGAUGGAGGAUCCAGUUUCUUUACCCUCAACAAGGACACAGGUGUGAUCUCGCUGUCACGCUCACUGCAUGGAAAGGCCAACUCUGUCAUCGCCAUGGUGAUCACAGCACGGGACGGAGGCGGUCUCACAGCACCUGUCAAUGCCAGAGUGAACAUCAGCGUUGUGGCUGGAUCAGUGGCACCUCCAGUGUUCGAGCAGGCGCAGUACUUCUUCACCGUCUCUGAGGACGUGCUCCGGGGGACCGAGGUUGGUGUAGUGAGGGCCAGCAGCAAGAAUGGAGUCUUUAAGGAUGUCACCUACACUAUCUCUGCUGGGGAUCCAGAUGGUUAUUUCAUGGUUGAUCCAGAAACUGGAGCGCUCAGAACAAGCCUUCCUCUGGACCAUGAGUCACGACCCUUUUACAACUUGGAAAUUCAAGCUCGCAGCGGUUCCCCUCCAGCUUUUGGAGAGACUCGCGUUCGAGUCACCAUUGCAGAUGUGAAUGAUAACGCCCCCAUAUUUUUCCCGUCAUCGUCUGAGUCUCUGCUCCUAGCAGAAGCCACAAAAAUGGGUACUGUGGUGUACCGCGUACAGGCGGAGGACCUCGACUCCGGCCCUAACGGACAGCUGAGCUUUGACCUGAUGUCUGCCGGAGUGCAGCGCACAUUUGGCGUGGAGCGUAGCAGUGGGGAAAUCCGGCUAAUUGGGAGUCUGUCGUAUGACAGCAUACCUCGCUAUGACCUCCAAGUGAUCGCAAAAGACAGUGGUGCACCUCAGCUCAGCGCUACGUUCAGCCUGGUGGUUCACAUCCAGGCGGAGAACGGCCAGGGUCCUGUGUUUGACACAAUGACCUACCGUGUGGAACUGAAGGAGAACACGCCACUCAACACAAACUUCUUACAGGUCCGGGCGCUCAAUAGAGAUCCCAAUGGAAAUGGAGGGUCGUCCAAAGGUUCCACAUUAUCUUCCACAAUUGCAUACCGGCUCCGGCCUGAUGGGGACGCAGCAGGUUUUGGGAUUGCCCCGGACAGUGGAUGGCUGUUUGUUAAGAGUGCUUUAGACCGUGAGGCCAAGGAUAUUUACCUGUUGACUGUGCUCGCCACCUCUGGAAGCGGCCAGAUGGGGAAGACCGGCAGCGCGACAGUGAGGGUUUCUGUCACAGAUGAAAAUGAUAAUUCUCCUCGUUUCUCUCAGGAGAGAGUGUUCUUGGCAGUGAGAGAGAACUUGCCUGCGGGAACUGGUUUCGGAAGGGUGUCUGCUACCGACCGCGACGCUGGCCUCAACAGCCGCCUUGCAUACAGAUUGCUCCACACGGACCGCUUCUUCCAAAUCAAUUCCCAGACUGGUGAAAUCAGUACCAGAGCGGCUCUAGACCGUGAGCAACAGUCCAGUUAUCAGCUCAUUGUGGUGGUUCAGGACGGUGGUACCCCUCCACGUAGUGCCACCGGAACAGCCCAUAUCACAGUGCUGGAUGAGAACGACAACGCACCAGCAUUCAGCCACACACAGCCUGGCAGGGAGAAUCUCAUUCAGGUUCAGGAGGGUCUUCCUGCCGAUUCUUUAUUAGGAACUCUACACGCUAAAGACCCAGAUGAGGGAGAGAAUGGCACUAUUUUCUACUCAUUAUCAGGCUCUAGAGCGGAACGUUUCUCCUUGAACCCAAACACUGGAGAGCUGCGCUCCUCUUCCUCCCUGAGGCGAGCUGAAAAGGCAGAGUACAGCUUCACCGUCACUGCCAUGGACCGUGGUGCUCCAUCUCAGAGCUCUUCAGCUGCCUUACGUAUACAGGUCAUUGGCUCUACAAGGACUCCUCCAAAUCCCAACACCUUAUCCAUGACUCUCAACUCAGUGGAGGGAGCCAAGCCAGGCUCUGUUAUUGGCUCAGUUAGAGCACAUGACCAGCGUGAAAUGACCUUAAACGGUCAGGUGACCUACCUUGUAGUGGGAGGCACAGAUCACGAAGGAACCUUUAUGGUUGACCGUCUCACUGGAGAUGUUUACUUGGCUAGAGAGCUGGAUUAUGAAAAAGGGUCACGGUAUACUCUACAGAUAGAAGUGGACGAUUUCUCCAAGGCCUAUCCAACCUCUCACAUGGUUCAGCUGGAAAUCAACGUGAAGGAUAGUAAUGACCACGCACCAGAGUUUCCAGAAGAUCCAGUAACUAUUGUUAUUCCUGAGAACAUACAAGCUGGCUCCUCCAUUUACACCUUCCAGGCGGCUGAUAAAGAUGGCAGUGGACCCAACAGCGAGAUACGUUAUUCUAUCCAACAUCAGUGGCCUGACAUCCCAGAUCUCUUUAGUCUUGAUCCCGUCACAGGAGUCUUAAAAACUAGGCCGAGAGAUGGACCAUGA